AUGAGCUCGAAAGUGGCCUUGUGCCUAAUGGCUUUGGCGCUCUGCUGGGCUUCUACGGCUGCACAGCCCCUUGAGGAGGACUACGACGAAGACUAUACAUCGGAGCCAUAUGAGGAAGAUAUAUUCGUCGAGGGCGGCGGAGUGGACGAAUAUGCAGUUGAGGCAAUACAGUGGCAACCAGGCUAUUGCAAUAUAACCUAUCAGAAUCGUAUCUACUAUUAUCCGGGCUAUCCCUGCCCGCCCGUACCGGGACCUGCACCAGAGCCACCGCAUCUGACUCCAGGACCACAUCCUACACAUCGUCCACAUCCUACACAUAGGCCUCAUCCUACACAUAGUCCGCAUCCUACGCAUAGUCCUCAACCUACACAUCAUCCGCAUCCUGAACCUUAUCCACAUCCGAGCUAUCCUUAUCCAGGCUAUCCGUAUCCCAGCCAUCCUAAUCCCAGUCACCCAGCAACACGAAGGCCAGAGUCCAAAAGAAUCUGCAUAAAAGUCCCAGGCGUCGGUCUUAUUUGCACACCGGCAUUUAUGCUGAUUAGAAAUGAUUCGACCAAUAAACUUAGAUAA